AAAUAUCUAAGUCCAGAAAAGUUUUAUAAAUAGCCUUCACGAUUCUCUUGGCUGAAGCUUCUGAAAAUUUCUGGUUUCUGCGCGCAAUACAAACCAUACUUCUAUACCACUCUUUUACUUUCUCUCUCAUCAAAAACAAAAUCCAAAAAACUUAACAAAAAUCGAAUCGAUCGAAAAACAAAUUGCCAAAUCUUAAUCGUAUAAGAAGAACAGCGGAUUUGAAAACCGAUUUUGGGUGUUUCGCAGUCGUCGUAUGUCCUCGGAGAUUUCCGAAAGAUUGUGAACGAAGUAGUUGUGUCGGGGGCAGUGGAGACGGGUUUUGAUUCUAAUUUGCAUCGCCCUUGUUUGAAUUAUUCCUUCCAGAGGUGGUAGUUGCUGUUAUAAAUUGAAUUUAGUUAUAAUUUUAACUCGGAAAUUAUCUUUAAUUUGCCAGGAUGGGCACUUUCCAUUACGACAAAGCUUCCUCUAACACACAUUGUUCUUCUUCUGUACCCUUUGAUUGCACCAGGAGAAGGAAGACUCGGAGAAGGUGUGAUGGAACUGAUUCUCUGGCUGAUACUCUUGCCAAAUGGAAAGAAAUCAAUGAGAAACUCUGUGAACAAAAGGAAGAUGGCAAGCCUGUUAGGAAGGCGCCUGCAAAGGGGUCGAAGAAAGGAUGUAUGAAAGGCAAAGGUGGACCUGAGAAUUCCCUUUUUAAAUACAGAGGAGUUAGACAGAGGACUUGGGGUAAAUGGGUAGCUGAGAUUCGAGAGCCGAACAGAGGUAAAAGACUUUGGCUCGGUACUUACCCCACUGCCCUUGAAGCUGCAUUGUCUUAUGAUGAGGCUGCUCGUGCUAUGUAUGGUGAAAGUGCUAGAUUGAACUUGCCAUAUUACCCUGCACCAGUAAGGGAGGAUUCCAGAGAUGAUUCUGCUAGUGCCUCAUACACAACAGCUACUACGACUAGUGCCUCAUACACAACAGCAUGUACAACUUCUGGUAAUAACUCUGAUGUCUAUGUUGGAGAGCAAUGGGAUGGUGUAACGGGUGGUGCUACUGUUAAGCGAGAAGACAUUGAAGGUGAUUCUGAGUUUGAUUUUAAAAAUGCUUCAGCAGGUUUUAAGGUUGGCACCCCAGGUACUCCUGUUGAUAAAGAAGAGAAGGCAGUUGUUGAUAACGGUGAAGGUGACCAAGGUGGCAUUGACAUCAAUGACUACUUGCAUAACUUGACAAUGGAUGAAAUGUUUGACGUUGAUGAAUUACUUGGAGCUAUAGAUGCUGGCCCUGUUUCCCCUGUAGGUAAUACGACAACACAAGGACAUGAUGCAUAUGGUGCUUUCAGAUCUCAAGUAGAGAACAAUAGUAUACAGCUAGAGAGGCCGGAGAGCUGGUCGAAUCACGAACAAAAUCCGAAUUACUUUCAUCUGUUUCAAAAUCAAGAUGAUGUCAACUUGUACGGAAGUGUGAAUAACAGUGAUCAAGGCUACAAUGGGGUUAACUAUGGGUUCGACUUCUUAAACCCUGACAGACAAGAGGAUUCUUCUCUACCAGUCGAAGAUCAUGGCUUUCUGAAUCUCGGAGAAUUGGGGUUUUAACAGUGGUGAUGGGCCUCUUUGUACAGCAGCAAUGGUGAAGAAAUCAUAAUGUAGCUUCAUGUAGCAAAAAACUCAGAAUGGUAUUUUGGUGUCUAGUUUGAGUUUGUUGGGUGCUCCAAUUAGUUUCACUUGGUUCAUUCUGGAACCUUCAUAACUGAAGCAAAGCUUAUUCUCAAUAGGUUUUUGAUAUAAGAGACAUAAGCUCUGUUCUUUCUUUUUUCCUCUUGUUCUUGCUAACAAUGAACAUUUAGGACUAGUGAUGUGAAGCUUGAAUACUUUUUUGAGGGAAUGUAAUUCUUUUUUGUACAAAUCAACUUUGCUGACCUUGCCUGAAACAAGCUACACUGACAUCCUUUUGCAGUUCCA